GAGAGAGGGACAGGGAGUAGACGAGAGAGAUUUUCCACCAAGCUUUUUUUUUUCUGCCCUUGAGCAUCCCGGGUAAACCAGAGCUUGUAAAGUGGGAGGAGAAGAAACGGGCACCAGCCCUUCCUCAAAGUCAAUAUUUUCACUUUUGAUUCUCCUUCACGCUGGAAAUCACGCUCUUUUUUCCCCCAGACGCCCGUUUCCAGAUCUAGGACACCGUUCUACCCUGUGCAGCCUUCCGCGGUGUAAUAAAAAAGUUACCCGCUGGAGAAGACCAACAAGGGGACCAGACCAGAUAACAGGAGUGGAGUACAGUAGCCUACACGUCGACAGGAGCCCGAUAGUGUAGAUGGAGCCGUGCAAGGUUUACGGCAGAGAGGCGGUCGUAUAAAGGAACAGAGAAGCUCUCCCGGAUCAGAUGAAUGUUCUAAGACAGUCACUGAGGCAAGGCGCCGGGCGGCUGCAUCACGACCUGAUGGCUGUAUCCAAAGACAUAAUCAACCCUCCCUUAUCAUCCCUGGCGGGCAGCUCUCAUCUCUCCCAGCCGAAAAAGACCUCUGAAGUAUGGAUUUGUUCUGCUGAUUCUCCAACCAUCAUCCCCCACCACUGCACACGCAGCACUGGCGCCACUAUGGUUGAAGUAGAUGGGAAGUUUCUCUGACUUUCGACGCCCCCUGCUCAAUUUUUUUGUCACUUUUCCAAAUCCGACAUCAAUACAAGUUAGUGUCAUUUCCUAAAGGAGCUGUGAUUAUUUGUUGGCCCACGUUUGUUGAACGGCUGUAAAUUGACUUAGCCAACUCGAACACUUUUAUUUCUCUUGGUGCAUUUGCAUUUUUCCCAUCAUCCCCAAAACGUCCCCUUAAGCUCAGGUGAGCGUGCAGACGCAUCUUGGUGACAACGAAGUUACUUACUGUGUCCGUAUGGUCCUCAGUCGAGUUCCAUGCUCUUCGCCCCAACUCUGACUACUGUGGCCGCCCUCGCCCUUUGCCGCCAGACCCCACUCGUCCUCGGACCACUCUCGUGCCAUGCUCCGCCAGGCUGCGUUGCUCCUCCUGCACUGCUUUGCCUCCUUGACGCUGGGCCAGUACGACCUGUGCAAGUCCCUGGUGAGCACGGACGAUGGUGCAGUGUGGGAGCAGUAUGCAUGCCAGCCCAAGGCCCAGUCCAUGAAGGACUACAUGCGGGUGAAGGUGGACCCGCCGGGCAUCACCUGCGGCAACCCGCCCGAGAGAUUCUGCACUCUGGAGAACCCGUACCUGUGCAGUGACGAGUGUGACGCCUCCAACCCGGACCUGGCCCACCCUCCUCAGCUGAUGCAGGACCGCGAGCACACCGGCCGCAUCACCUACUGGCAGACAGUCACAUGGGCCCGUUAUCCAGAACCCCUCUUGGCCAACAUCUCCCUAGCCUGGAACAAGAGCCUGGAGCUGACGGACGACAUCGCCAUUACCUUUGAGUACGGCCGCCCCACAAUAAUGGUGCUGGACAAGUCCAUGGACCACGGCCGCACCUGGCAGCCCUACCAGUUCUACGCUGACGAUUGUCUCGAGUCCUUUAACAUGGCACCAAAGCGUGUCCCCGACCUAUCGCCUGCAAAUAUUACCCUUGUCAUCUGCACUGAGCAGUUCUCACGCUGGGUGGGAUCGAAGAAUGAUAAGAACGUAAAGUUCGAGGUUCGGGAGCGUUUCGCAGUGUUCGCCGGGCCGAGGUUGCUCAACAUGGACAGCUUGUACACCCGUAUGGAGAGCAUGAAGGGCCUGAAGGAAUUCUUUACCUUCACUAACCUCAGGCUGAGGCUGCUCAGGCCGGCUCUGGGGGGAACCUACAUGCAGAGGGACAACCUGCUCAAGUACUUUUACGCUAUCUCCAACAUCGAGGUGCCCGCAAGGUAAGAUUGUGUUACUAUUAAAAUGCUAUAGAGAACAGCGUCACGCUCAGUACGGCGGAGACUUUCAAACAGAGUGAAACGGGGACGCACGACCUGAACUUGUCCAUUUUCUGAUGCAAAUGUUCUGCUACGUUCUACUACGGUUUGCUCUCCGCUGAGCACGACUAAGGCGUUUUAUAGAGAGAUAUGUUGGCUGCUGGGGUAAAUGAGUUUACUUCAAGGUUCAUACACUGAAAAUAGGUCAAACCCCUGAAACACAUGUUA